AUGGAACCUAUAAAUGAAGAGCUUCCUGGUGCAAACGGGUCUCACAACAAUAGCCAACAACCCAGAUGUGUUGUUUUUGAAAGGAACAAUCCUAAUAUUCCUAAUCAAACUAAACAGGCACUCAAUUUACUAAGGAACUUGGCCAAUGAGUUUUGGAAAUGGUUUCUCCAGAAGCUAGACCAACUCCUGAGCCCAAAACUAAGACUAGCCGACGAUCCUCAGCUUCUGGAGAGGAUCAGCCAAGCGCGGGGCUGGAAGACCGCAGCCAUCCGGUUUAUUGAGUUUCAUCCGACCACCUCAUUGAUGGCACUUCUGACCAACCAGGAUGUGGUGUUGAUCUACGACCAGAGGAGCGAGUGCCCCGCCAAGCUGCAAUCCCUUAAGCAGACGGACACCACCUGUGUCGCCUUUCGUCCUUGGUCCCAAAGUUGUGAAUUGGCCGUGGGAUGUGCAGCAGGAAUUUGUUUAUGGCAGGAUAGUCGGCGUCUCAGUGACAAGCUAAAUAUUCGGCAUAUGAUGGGCACUCAUCACUUGCAAGUCCUGGAGGAUGAAGGGCACAACUAUGUGACUUCAAUGCAGUGGAAUGAAGAUGGCACUAUCCUGAUUACUGCCGCAUUGGGCUCAUCGCACAUCACACUCUGGGAACCGGACUGCCAGCAGAAGAUUCGUUUGAUACCGAAUCCUGGGAGCUUAAGCUCCUUUUCCCUACUGCGUUAUAGUCCCGAUUUCCAGGUGCUUUUUUGCGCCUCCUGCGAGGCGGGUGCCAGUCUUUGUCAACUGAAUAGAUCGGAAUGGAGGUCGAAACAGGUCCUCAUGCAGCAUCGCAUUCAAACGGCCGUCUGGACAGCGUGUGGCUCCUUUCUGCUCUUUGUGAGGGACGGCAGCACUCGGGUUUACUCAUGCACCAAAGAUAGGGAGGCCACUCUUUUCCUCUGCCCCCAGCCCCUGUGGAGCGUUGAGUUGGUAAUCGAUCUACGGGAUGUCACCAUCUGUGCCGGCCAGCAAAGGUACUGCGGUGAGCCCCAGACGUUCGCCAUGGACCCACUGGGCAUCUACAUGGCCACCAUCUUCAAGGAGCAGUCCUUUGUGCUGCUGGCGCUCUUGGUUAAUUUGCGACUGGGCUCGCUGCAACUGCUACCCCUGGAAUUCAUUUGUUGCAAUGUGGAUGGCGACCAAUAUCCAACUUGCAUUGCCUUUGGAGUUUCCAAUCCGCAACUCAGAUGGUUGAUGAUUGGCUGGAAUACCGGGCACAUUCAGCGACAUGCCAUCACUGCCAAGGACUUCAAAGAAGCCCAAUUAAUUCAUAGCUGAGAAAUUUAUGCAUACGAGUAUACUAAGUUCCAUUUUAAAUAAAA